UCUUUGCGCUCCAGCUCGCCGAGCUGUCACUCGGCUUGUUUCUGGCUGGAGCACCCAGGACUCUGCAGGACGCAUCCGAGGGGACCCCCCCCCACCACCACCUGGACGGCCAUGGCCCCGGUGCUCAGCAAGGACACGCCGGACAUCGAGAACAUCCUGGCUUUAAAUCCUCGAACACAAACUCAUGCAACUCUGCAUUCAACUGCAGCCAAGAAACUUGACAAAAAACACUGGAAAAGAAAUCCUGAUAAGGACUGCUUUAAUUGCGAGAAGCUAGAGAAUAAUUUUGAUGACAUCAAGCACACAACUCUUGGUGAGCGAGGAGCUCUCCGCGAAGCAAUGAGGUGCCUGAAAUGUGUAGAUGCCCCUUGUCAGAAGAGCUGUCCUACUAAUCUAGAUGUGAAAUCAUUCAUCACAAGUAUUGCAAAUAAGAACUACUAUGGAGCUGCUAAGGUGAUUUUCUCUGACAAUCCACUUGGCCUGACUUGUGGGAUGGUAUGCCCAACCUCAGAUCUUUGUGUUGGAGGAUGUAAUUUAUACGCCACUGAAGAAGGACCAAUAAAUAUCGGGGGGUUGCAGCAGUUUGCUACAGAGGUGUUCAAAGCAAUGAAUAUUCCACAGAUCAGAAAUCCUUCUCUGCCUCCUCCAGAGAAAAUGCCUGAAGCCUAUUCAGCAAAAAUUGCUCUAUUUGGUGCUGGGCCUGCCAGUAUAAGUUGUGCCUCUUUUUUGGCUCGAUUGGGCUACUCUGACAUCACCAUAUUUGAAAAACAGGAAUACGUUGGUGGUUUAAGUACUUCUGAAAUUCCUCAGUUCCGGCUGCCAUAUGAUGUUGUGAAUUUUGAAAUUGAGCUUAUGAAGGACCUGGGUGUGAAGAUCGUUUGUGGGAAAAGCCUUUCAGUGGAUGAAAUAACCCUUAGUUCCUUGAAGGAGCAUGGCUACAAAGCUGCUUUCAUUGGAAUAGGUUUGCCAGAACCCAAUAAAGAUAGUAUCUUUCAAGGACUGACAUCAGACCAUGGAUUCUAUACAUCCAAAGACUUUUUGCCACUUGUGGCCAAAGGCAGCAAAGCAGGGAUGUGCGCCUGUCACUCUCCAAUGCCGUCCAUCCAGGGAGCCGUGAUUGUGCUGGGCGCCGGAGACACUGCUUUUGACUGUGCUACCUCCGCCCUCCGCUGCGGGGCCCGGCGCGUGUUCAUUGCCUUCAGAAAAGGCUUUGUUAAUAUCAGAGCUGUCCCGGAGGAGAUGGAGCUUGCUAAAGAAGAAAAGUGCGAGUUUCUGCCUUUCCUUUCCCCACGGAAGGUCACUGUGAAAGGCGGGAAAAUUGUUGGGAUGCAAUUUGUUCGGACGGAGCAAGAUGAAACUGGAAACUGGGUAGAGGAUGAAGAGCAGACUGUCCACCUGAAAGCUGACGUGGUCAUCAGCGCCUUCGGCUCAGUGUUGAAUGACCCAAAAGUCAGAGAAGCCUUGCAUCCAAUAAAAUUUAACAGAUGGGGUCUCCCAGAAGUAGAUCCAGAAACUAUGCAAACCAGUGAAGCAUGGGUGUUUGCAGGAGGUGAUAUUGUUGGUUUGGCUAACACUACUGUCGAGUCUGUGAAUGACGGAAAGCAAGCCUCUUGGCAUAUCCAUAAAUAUAUACAGUCCCAAUAUGGAGCUUCGGUGUCUGUCAAGCCAGAACUACCCCUCUUUUACACUCCUGUUGAUCUGGUGGACAUCAGCGUGGAGAUGGCAGGACUCAGGUUCAUGAAUCCCUUUGGUCUUGCUAGUGCAACUCCAGCCACAAGCUCAGCGAUGAUCCGAAGAGCUUUUGAAGCUGGAUGGGGUUUUGCCAUCACCAAAACUUUCUCUCUUGAUAAGGACAUCGUGACAAAUGUUUCACCCAGAAUCAUCCGGGGUAUCACUUCUGGUCCCUUGUAUGGUCCGGGACAAAGCUCCUUCCUGAACAUUGAGCUCAUCAGUGAGAAGACAGCUGCCUAUUGGUGUCAAAGUGUCAGAGAACUAAAAGCUGACUUUCCAGACAAGAUUGUGAUUGCAAGUCUCAUGUGCAGUUAUGACAAAAGUGAUUGGAUGGAACUCUCCAGAAAGGCUGAGGCUUCUGGAGCAGAUGCCCUGGAGUUAAAUUUAUCGUGUCCACACGGGAUGGGAGAAAGAGGAAUGGGCCUGGCUUGUGGACAGGAUCCAGAGCUGGUACGGAACAUCUGCCGCUGGGUUAGGCAAGCUGUUCAGAUCCCUUUUUUUGCCAAAUUGACCCCAAAUGUCACGGAUAUUGUAAGCAUCGCAAGAGCGGCGAAGGAAGGUGGUGCCGAUGGAGUGACAGCCACCAACACUGUCUCAGGGCUGAUGGGACUGAAAGCGGAUGGCACUCCUUGGCCAGCAGUGGGUGUCGGAAAGCGGACCACCUAUGGAGGAGUGUCAGGGACAGCGAUCAGACCUAUUGCAUUGAGAGCCGUGACUUCCAUUGCCCGUGCUUUGCCUGGAUUCCCUAUUUUGGCCACCGGUGGAAUUGACUCGGCGGAAAGUGGACUUCAGUUUCUCCACAGUGGAGCUUCAGUACUCCAGGUAUGCAGUGCUAUUCAGAAUCAAGACUUCACUGUGAUUGAAGACUACUGCACCGGCCUCAGAGCCCUGCUUUACCUGAAGAGCAUCGAGGAGCUACAAGACUGGGAUGGGCAGAGUCCAGUCACUCUGAGUCGCCAGAAGGGAAAACCGGUUCCACGCCUUGCGGAGCUCACUGGAAAGAAACUGCCAAACUUUGGACCUUAUCUUGAACAGCGCAAGAAAAUCAUAGCAGAGAACAAGAUGAGAUUGAAAGAACGAAAUACAGCUUUUGUGCCACUUGAGAGAAACUGUUUUAGUCCCCAAAAACCUAUCCCUGCCAUCAAGGAUGUCAUUGGGAAGGCUUUGAAGUAUGUGGGAGCAUUUGGUGAUUUGAGCACCCUGGAGCAGGUUGUAGCCAUGAUUGACGAGGACACAUGUAUCAACUGUGGUAAAUGCUUUAUGACCUGUAAUGACUCAGGUUACCAGGCCAUACAGUUUGACCCGGAAACACACCUGCCCACCGUUACUGACACCUGCACAGGCUGUAAUCUCUGUCUCAGUGUCUGCCCUGUGAUCGACUGCAUCAAAAUGGUUUCCAGGACAACCCCUUAUGAGCCAAAGAGAGGCUUGCCCUUAGCUGUGAAGCCGGUAUGUUAGAGCGACUUCGCAAGACAGCGCCUACGAGGUGCAUCGACAUAUCUUCAUCUUU